AUGGCUGCCUACCAUGCUCGGUCCCAUAGCUUCCCUUGCAUAACACAUCCUUUUCUACAACAAGUUGAUGUCCAAUUGUGCAGAAUAAAGUCUUCAGUAUCUGCAUCAACAUUAUCAACAUCAGUUUGUGGCAAAAUAAGUGCCCUUCAAGAUCUGUAUGAGUGUGUUGAGAAGCUGCUUCUCUUGCCUCUCUGCCAACAAACAUUAACCCGAGAGUUGAAUGAAGAAGGUGUGGCAGAGCUACUAGAUGGAUCUCUCCGGCUCUUGGAUGUGUGCAGCUCCGCUAAAGAUGUAUUACUUCUGACAAAGGAAUCCACACGUGAACUUCAGUCAAGUUUCCGCCGAAGAUGUGGAGGUGAAGCUGAGAUUAAGAAAUACUUAGCUUCCAGAAAAUUGGUGAAAAAGGCAAUCCACAAAGCUCUGAGGAAAUUGAAAGGUAUUGAAAAGAGCCGCACUUCCUCUCCCAUCAAUUUAGACAAGGAAGCUUCCGCAAUGUUAAGCAUGUUACGCGAAGCUGAAGCAGUAACUGCCACUGCUCUUGAGUCCUUAUUGUCCCUAAUCUCAGGGUCCAAUCUGCAAACGAAGCCAAGCAGCUGGUCAUUAGUUUCUAAACUGAUCCACCACAAAAGAGUGGCUCCCGAGGAAGAAUUUUCAGACAAUAAUGAAUUUGCCAACAUGGACAGCGCUUUGCAGUCUCUCUGCAGUCCCAAGACAAGCAAAUGUGGUUACAGCAUGCUCAUUCAAAGUAUUCAAGCCCAACUAAAAAACUUGGAGCAGUGCAUUCAAGAUCUUGAAGAUGGCCUUGAAUGCCUUUCUAGACGAUUGAUCAAAACCAGAGUUUCCUUUCUCAAUAUCCUCAAUCACUAA